CAUUCCACAGAAGUUUGACAGUAAUCCUAUAUAUCUUUUCUAGGAAUUUGUAACUUCCCUCGAUGUUUCAAGCAUACAUUGCCAUGGACUUUGCACUAAUAUAAGAGGUAACACUGGUAUAUUUCUUCGCAUGUCUCAAAAUCGGCUGGAAGGUUAUGCAAAAUGGCCUCUGACAAAUCGAAAAGCAUCGAUAGCAUGGGACCUGAGGAGAUUUUUGCAACGAUGAAGACCCUUGGUGUAUCUUUCGAUGGAGUGAACACGAUUGACGACAUGAGGACUCGAGUAAAGGCAGCAUUAAAUCGGGCAGAAAAGACGUCGAGCUGGUCAGCGGGACAAGUACGGUAUUUAUUCCUGUCAGUAAAAUUUCGAGACAAUUUUGGCUGGUAUUUAUUUAAUAGCUUACAUAAGCGUCGUUAGUGAUUGCUUAUGAAUCCAUGCGAGAAAAAGGAGUUGAAGGUUAUUGCUCAAAAGGAAAGACAAUAGACUACAUAUUCAUAAUAGUUUUAAUUUCAUUUCAAUUGUUUAUUUUAUGUACUGAUCCCACAAGAUCCUCAGCUUUUCCUUUCUUAAGCGAAAGAAACCUAUAUAUUUUUCCGGUCUAUCAUUUAAAAAGCGAGAAAUGUGGCUCCAGAGGCGGAAAAUUAUUUACAGUAUCUAGAAUGUGAAACCGAAAGUCUUCCGCAACUGACGCUCCCAUCUCACCGAUCACGUGACAAAACGUCAAUGGCGCGGAACAAGAUAACAAAGUGAAACGGUAUUAGAUCUGCUUUAAACCCGUUAAUUUCAAAAAUUUAUUUCUCAAAUAACAAAAAAAAUUCCCAAAAUAUAAAGUACACAAGUCUAAAGAUAUCCGAAGAUAAGCCUAACGUUUGAAUUUCGGAUUUAUAUCGCAGGCUUAAAAAGUCAAGAAUUGCAUACUCUAUAACUAGCUAGGAAUAAAAAGCAAAUUGAAACUGACUUAUACUAAGAUAGUUAAUUUACCUUUAAAUUCCCAGCAUUGUUCGUCAAUUUUUUUCUUUAGCGGGUGCAAUUUUUGUUGUAAGCCCUUCGUAUAAUGUCCUGAGACAUUUAAUUAAUAUUUAGCCCUUGCUGAACGUUUCUGUCGCUGCUGCACAUUUAUUAUAGUUGCUGUAGUUUCUGUAACUGCACUGAUUAAGUUCCUGUGUAGCUGCUGUAGUAAUUGAAGUUGUUGUAGUUCCUAUAGUUGCAGCAGUUGUUAUAGUUGCUGUAGUUGUGAUAGUUCCCGUGUAGUUGUUGUUUAGUAGUUGUUGUACUACUGUAGUUGUUGUAUAACAGUUGUUGCAGUUUUAGUAGUUGCUGCAGUCUCUGUAUAACAUUUCUUGUAGUUUUAGUAGUUGCUGUAGUUGUUGUAGUUAUUGUAGUUGCGGUUUUUGUAGUUGUGGUAGUUCCUGUAGUUUCUGCAGUUGAGUGCUGUAGUUGUUGUAGUUAUUGUGAGUUGCCUUAGUUGCUGUAAUUGUUGUAGUUGCUGUAGUUCUUGUAGUUGCUAUAGGUAUUAUAGUUGCUGUAUUUGUUGUAGUUACUGUAGUUGUUGUAGUUAUUGUAGUUGGUGCAGUACAUAACUAUAGUACAUACAGUUGGUGUAGUUGUUGUAGUUGCAGUUAGUAGUUCCUGUAAUCCAUACUGUAGUUCUAACUACUACAACUGCAACAACCACAAUAACUACACAAGUACAGUAACUACGAUAACUACAGCAGUUACAAUAACUACUAAAAUCCCAACAACUACAACAACUACACAACUACAGUAUAACUAAGUACAGCAACUACAAUAACUACUACAACUACAACAGCUACAGUAACUACAAUAACUAACAAUAACUACUACAACUACAUCAACUAGAGUAAGUAACUACAAUAAAUACAACAACUACAGCAAUUCCAAUAACUACAAGAACCACAGCAAUGACAAAGUACCAACAAUACGCCAAUUAUAAUCUUGUAACUGUGAAAACAUUGACAUAAAAGGCAUGGAUGUCUCGGGACAUUAUACACAAGGCUUACAUGAAUUACCGACCGUAGUUUCUCAUCUUUUUACAUAAAUUCGUUUUUAGUGUGCCUAACACAGCCGCAUAAUCGCCCUUAGUUCGCCCUUAAUUUUUGUCACGCUACGCUGUUUACUUCGAGGCCAUUUUGAACAAGUGAAGUCAAUUAUUAUUUAAACUCGCACAGAAUAAUUAUAAUUUAUACAAAUUAGUGCUAUAAAAUAUAAAAUCGAGAGAUUGUGGAGGGAAAGAGAAUUUCAGUUGUGGGUUCAUUGUGCAGAGUUUGGGACACCUAAAUAGUUCGUGGAACUUGUAACCGAGUAGGUGACCCCAACAAGAAUAUGAGUGGAAGGAAGAUAGAUACAAAAUAGUUAUUUUAAAUAAAAAGUAUUACUUCAUUAGUUAAAUAGUAGUUAAGAUAAUAUAAUCGUAAAAUAUUAGGAAUCAAUAAUAGUAUUAUAACCAUCAAUCACAGAAUUCUUGAUAUAUUGACGAAAACUGGAAAACGGCUUGAUUUUCGUAACAUCAAUAGAUAAAGAAUUCCAAAGUUUUGGACCAGUGUAACUCAGAGAACGAAUGCCGUAUUGAGUGGUAUGAACAGAUUUAACAAACAGAUUAUCAGUCUGUGAUUGGCGUGUAUUAUUUGAAUGAAUUGAAGAUACUGGGUUAAAAUAAUUAACAAAACAAGAAGGCGGCUUAGUUUAUGGUACCACUGAUAAACAAAAGAGAGAAUUUCAAGAUGAAUUAUAUCAGAGAAUUCUGGGAGUCUGAGAGACCUCAGCAAUGGCUCAGAAUGAGAUCUAGGGUCGGAAAAAGUCAUUAUUCUGACGACUCGUUUUUACAAAGUAGUUACUGGUUUUAGGUAGGUUGGGUAUGUCAGACCCCAAACUUGAAUACCAUAAGUAAGAAAGAGGUAAAUAAGGGAAUAGUAAAGCAUAAUAAGUAUAUCAAUUUUAACAUAGUAGCUUAAUUUGGAAAAUAUACCUACAGUUUUCGAUAGUUUUAAGCAGAGUUCAUUAACAUGAUUUUUCCAAGUCAAGUUUGAGUCAAAAGUGAGACCUAAGUAUUUGACCGAGGAAACCUCUUGAAUGUUCACACCAUCAAUUUUUAGAUUUAAUGACUUAUAUGGUUUAAGUCUCUUAGAGUAAAAAAGAACAAAAUUAGUCUUCAAAAUAUUGAGAGCUAGUCUAUUAGAUUUCAUCCACUCAACCACUGCAUGGAGCUCUUGAUUUAGGAUUAGUUCAAGAUCGUUAAGGUUUUUACUUGAAAAAUAUAUAUUAGUGUCAUCAGUAUAUAUAUAUAUAUUAAUGUUACCAGUAAACCGCUGAUCUUAAUGUUUGUUGUGACAAUGACCCGAUUAUAGCACGGAAAGAGGCGACGAAAUGCGAAAAUCUUCGUUUGAACUUGUUUAAGUUGGUGAUGUGCUCUCAACAAUAUUUUAGCCUUAGCAUCGCGGUAAUUUGCAUAACACGUCAUUUUAACUGUUUGCGGCUGGUUUUCACUAGCGACUGAGUCGUAAGCGGAGUCAUAAGCGCGACGGAAUCGGAGUCAGAAGAAUCAGAACGUUUCCAUUUCUUCCGACUCUGCUUACCACUCCGUCGCUUACGUCCCGCUUAUGAUCUAGUGAAAACCAGAUUGUCGGAGUCGGAAGCAGAAGUAGCCUGCGUAGCAGGCGUCGAAAGGGGUAGGGGGUAGGGGAUAGGGAGGAAGGGAAGAAGGGGAGGGGGAUUGGGGAGAGGGGGAGGGGACGCCUGCUCUAAGAACCCCCUUUUGUUCAUAUCUGCGGACGCUGGCGUCCGCAAAUUCCUGAUUGGCUGAGCCGUAAUGAGUAACAUAUUGAAAUGCGCGUUUCACAAAUCAACAAACAGUCGAGAUGGCAGCGGUAGACGUGGAUGUCGUAGAGAGUGCUUUGAGAGAUGUGAAUUUAUCUAGUGGUAGAGAAACUGUUUUAGCCAGAGCAAGAAUCAGCAGUAAGGGCUCUUUUAGCCGACAGAGAUGUUCUGGCGGUUUUGCGGACCGGAUACGGCAAGAGUUUAAUUUACCAAAUGUUUGUACGCGCGAAGAACUACGAGCUGAAUGGUAAUGCGGCGAUUCUCCAGGGGCACCCAACGAGGAUAUAGUUCAAAACCACUUAACAUAGCAUUGUUGAACGUAUUUUAGUAUUCAAACGGUAGAUAUAGGCAUAUUUUUAUCCCCUAAAAACUUUUCAUCUGUUCGGAUUUCCUAGCUGAAAGUCUAGUGAUCCGAAAAUUGUAGGGAUAAAAACUUACCUUCUCGAAAAUCUUAGCCAGGAAAAGGCUCUCGAAAAUUCUAGGUGGCCUUUUUUAGGGUCAGAAUCCGUUAAAAAUGGGUAAUUAUACCAUUUUGUAGAUGUUCGAAAAUCCUAGGAGAGGCAGGCAAGCAAGAAAUUUUACAACAAAUGCUCCGAAAAUUCUAGAACUCAAAUCGUCUUCCGAACAGAUAUUUUCGCGAAAAUUGCCGUUGGGUGCCCCUGAUUCUCAUCAUUUCGCCACUGAAAAGUAUUAUCGAAGACCAGUUGCAGGAGAUGGAAUUGUUGGGCUACCCAGCGAAAGAUUUAGCCAAUUUAUCGAACGAUGACAUUCGCCGAUGUAACUUAGCAAUAAAAGAGGGUGGUUUUACCUCAUGCCAAAAUGCUGCUUAUUCCAAUAAAGUUGUUUUUAUCUGCUGGGUAGAUUAUGCUCUGGAAGGUUCUGCAUUUAUACUGAGCAAAUGUUAUUUUAGCCGCACGUUUCACACUGAGAGGUCAUGACAUACAUAUCCAUUGACUGUAGUUAUUGUUUUCUGGUCGGUAGGAUUUGCCCUCUGAUGCAAGCGCAAUUUCUUUGACCUCUUUUGAAGCGUAAAGCUUUUUUUUAUUACGGCUGAAUAAGAGUUCCAAUUUUCUCCAAAGUGCCUUCUGGAUCUGAAUAACUAAGCGAUUUUCUUUAGUCCGCGAGUGUAAUGUUUUUCUGCAAUGGCUAGUGUAGCGACACUUGAUUGACAGUAAGCGUAAUCGGAUUACUAGAAAAUUGGUAGGCGUUAUGCAAAAACAUAGGCUCUUAGAGCAGGCGCUCCCUUCCCUUUUCCCUUUCUCCCUCCCCCCUCCCCCUCCCCUUUUUGCGCCUGCCACGCAGGCUAAAGCAGAAGCGGAAGGAUAAACCAAUCACAAUGCACGUUCCUACGCGUUGUGAUUGGUUUAGUUCUUCCGCUUCUGCUUCCGGUGAAUCCCUGAGCAUCAGUCUGUUAGUUGAUGGCUUCUAUUAUAAAUACAGACAAAUAAAUUAGGCAUCUUAUAAAUAGGAACACAAAAUGGAAAAAUCCGUAUUAAUAUACGAGGUUAACCCUGAGGUUAACAUUGACAGCUGGUUUAACAUGAAAAACUGCACUGGUACGCUUCCGGAUUAUUAUUGACCGUCAUUAGUUGUUUCAGUUUCAAGAUCGUUUUGAGGGUGCUAGUAUUCAUCGAAACGAGCGUAACAUCCAGCCCUCAUCGAGCGAAAAUCACUGUCGAAAAUGAACCAAUUCGUUCUACCGAAAGUAGAACCUCCCUCAUGCAAAACCUCAACCUCCAGUUCGUAAUUUACGGUUGAAUUUUCACGGCACUUUGUAACAACUCAAUGAUAGUGUUCUUGGAAUACGGUAAAUUCUUCCUAUCACAGGGCAAAGAGGAGUUAUUUGUGAACUUGAUUGUUGAUUGUAGUUAAAAAGUUACAGUUGAUACCGCGCAUAGUCAGAGUGCUUUCGAAAUUUUCUUGUCUAAUGUUAAUUUACUUUCUUCAGGCCUUUUCAAUUUUAUCUGAGGCCAAAGAAGAGGAUGCCAGAAAAAGACAGGACUUGCUAAGCUAUUACGCUAAAGCCGAUGCCCUUUUGAGAAAAAUGGAUGAACCGAUGCUAGCUUUACUUCAGAAGCACACAAAAAAUGUAAAAGAGAAUAUGAAGUGGCAUGAAAAACAGCUGAAGCAGACGCAGUACUUUCUUCUUGUUGCAGGUAAAAUGAUACAAAAGUCACAGUCACCAUUUUAGGGUGUGUUAUAUUGACCGCGUUCAUUGCAUUGUAUCACAGGCGGACCAUCCGAACUGUUCGAGGGAUCGUGAUGUCACGCGCGACACGUGAUCCCAUACAUUAACUGUAUUUCGUAACGCCUGCACCCGGCUUGAUUCAAGUGAUCAGUAGAAAUGCUUCAUAAAACACAGAAUUUUGCACCUUUAGAUCCCAAAUGUUGAUAUAACGUGAGAAAAAUGAAUCAAGAUAACUUAACGUUUGUUCUUAGUGUCGUGUUCUGCGAUUUUGUGGCGUUUUCAGUCGCUUGAAACUGACACCCCCGUCGGGGGUCAGGAGCACCUCGGCUCAGUUUUGAAAAGACAUAUCGCGGAUUUCUCUGAUUUCUUCUAAAUUAUACAAAUUUUACACCACGUUCACACCACGUUCACUGUGUAUUUAGAAACUACACUGCUCAAAGGCAGAAGUAUGCAUGUAUGCUCAGGCAAGCAACCUUAUCCGAGUGACAGUGCAAUUUUUUUAAUAUGCAGCAGUAGGGUAGCUUUAACAGGAACUACGAUAUCCUAUCCUCUGGGGCCCGGGGGCGGGGGGGUGGGGUUCCUGAAGAUUAAAAGGGUCUUGCCGAUUCUUUUUAACGCUCUAAUAGCGGAGUGGAGUAGAGAGAGGGCAACAAUUGGCAUUUACAAUAAGAACUGAUAAACUUGUGGUCUUCCAUUAACAUAAAAUCAGUAAAAUUAAUGUCAUUUGUGGUCUUAGUUAAAAGAUAUUUAAAAUUUCCAAUCUCUCUUUGCCUUCCUUAAAAAGCCAUCCAAUAGAUUGGCUACUGCGCUGGUCAUUUUGGUCAUUUGCAGGUGAAACAUCCUCUGGUAAAAGUAGCUUGAUCAAUCUUAUUCUUGGAGAGGACAUUCUACCGUGCAGUACUGCCACCACAACGUCCACCAUAUGUGAACUGAAGUAUGGAGAGACACCUACAAUGGUGGUGCACUUUAAAGACAAGGAUCCUGAAACAGGAGAGACGACUAAAAAAAUUCCACUCCACAAACCUAAUGAUCAAAGUAGUUAUCUUGAGCAGAUCUCGACUUACGUCCACCAGAAAGGUUCGAUGUUGAAAAAGGUUGAGCUUUUCUGGCCUCAUGAACUUUUACAGGUGAUUAUUUUAUAUUCUGUCUGCAGCGGAAUAAGGAUCUAGAACGCGAGCGGCUACAAACACUGAGCUGCUAAAAUUUCUACGAUCAGCACCUGUUAUAGAAGAGCGCAUUAACCAACCUAAACAAUUUCACUGUACGGCCAUACCAUAUACCAUGUACCAUGCAUGCCAUGCUAAACUGCUCCACCAAUAAUAGCGAAGCUCUCUCGCGCGCGCAGCCGAGCACCACGGGUAAGAAAAUUUAGUUAUCUAUGCACCCGAGAAAUUUUGGUGCUCACGUGUGCGUCCGCUCCAUAGGGAAGCCAAUAUGAAAUGUCACAUUUCUAGCUUGAAUGGGAACCUGUAAACUAUGUUUAACUUGAUUUAUUUAUUUAUUUAUUUAUUUAUUAUUUUCCCACAAUAAAGAUUACACAAGCAUUACAUUAUACAAAGAUGUGGCGAGGGGACCUCAGAAAACCACAAGGCUUGUACGAGGAGGCCCCCUCGUUACAAUAAUAUUAAGCAAUAGAACUAUAACAACACACAACAACGGACAGUACAAGACGCAUUAUCGAUAUAGUAGAAAAUCAAAAACUUUCGUUUUAAACGAUUGCAAUGUAAAAUUCGAAGUGACUGAGUUUGGUAAAGAAUUCCAAAUUUUAGGGCCUUGGAACAAAAUAGAAAAUUGUUUGGUGUUAGUUCGGCAGGCAUGAGAACGGAAAUGCGAGGAACUUCUAGUAUUAUAAUUAUGAAUAUUGCUACUAGUAACAAAAAGGUUCGAAAAAAGCGGUGGCAGUAAUUGAUGAUAAUAUGAAAACAUAAAUUGUGCAGUAUAGAAUGAAUUAAUGUUGUAUAUGUCCAAAAUCUUUAAACGGAAAAAUAAUGGUUCAGAGUGCGCGCGAAAAUCUGCAUUUGUAAUAAUUCGUACUGCUCGCUUUUGUAGAAGAAAAAUUCUAUUAAGGUUUGUUACAUAAGUGGAGGACCAAACUGUGGUACAAUAUGUUAAAUAAGGAUAAAUUAAGGUAUAAUAAAGAGACUUUUUUUUGUUGUUUCAGAAAGAAAGAAACGAGACCUAAAACAUGACGCCAAUAGAUUUUGAAAUUUUCUUACAUAUAUAAGUAAUAUGCGGCUUCCACGUUAGAUGCUCGUCGAUAAAAACCCUAAAAAUUUAACUACCUUUACUUGUUUUAAUAAAACCUCAUCGUACAAGACAGGAUUUAUUGGGAAGCCGACUGGUUUUUGCCUUGCUGCAAAAAUGAUAUAAUUAGUUUUCGUUAUGUUAACAGAGAGCUUAUUUGCUUUCAUAAAAAGAUCAAUUUGAGAUAAAUCAUUAUUUACGGCAGAAAUAGCACAAUUUAAAUCGGGAUUAGAAUAAAACACACUAGUAUCAUCUGCAAAAAGCAUAGUUUCAGCAAGACGAGUAGCACAAGGGAGGUCAUUGAUAUACAAAACAAACAAUAAUGGUCCUAAUAUAGAACCUUGAGGGACUCCACAGCUCAGAGUCAGCCUAAUAGAACAAGUCUCUUUGUACUGGACAAACUGCACGCGAUUUGACAAAUAGCUUUUCAACCAGCUAAGUGCUAGCCCAUGAAUCCCAUAAUGCUCAAGCUUAGACAAGAGUAUUUGAUGGUCUAAAGUAUCAAAUGCUUUUGAUAAGUCUAAGAAUAUGCCAACUGUAUAUUCGCUUCUGUCAAUAGCAGUUGCAAUUUUAUUAAUAAGAUGAAUUAAAGACAGCGCUGUAGAAUAUUUUUACGAAAUCCAAAUUGGCAACAAUAUAAGAUAUCUAAACGAUCUAAAAAUUUGUAAUACGAUUGUGCAUAACUCUUUCAAAGAAUUUAGAAAAAUUAGAAAGAAGCGAAAUUGGACGGUAGUUAGUGAAAUACUGGGAAUCACCAGCUUUAAAUACCGGAAUCAGUUUAGCAAUUUUCAGUUCAUCAGGAAAUAUUCCUUUAAUAAGAGACAAAUUGAUUACAUUGGCCAAAGGCUGAGAAAUGAGAUCAAAGGUGCUUUUUAUUAUAUCCAUUGAAACGUUAUCAUAUCCAGGCGACUUUCCAGAUUUAAAAGAGUUGCAUAUUUGAUUUAGUUCCGAAAUAUUAGUUGGAUUUAAGAUAAGCGACUCAUUAACAGAAGCGCCAAGAAAACUACGAAAAGAUACUUGUGUGUCUGGAAUUUUCCUUGCUAAAUUCGGACCUAUGUUGGUGAAGAACUUACAAAAGCAGUUAGCUAUUUCUUGUGGAUCAUUUAACAGUUUUCCAUCAGAGAAAAAGGAAUUUGGCAGAGCUGCUUUUCUGCUCGGUUUGUUGAUUACAUCAUUGAUUAGUUUCCAAGUUUCUUUCAGGUUAUUUUUAGCCUUCUCAAAUUUUGUAUCAUAGUACUUUCGUUUAGCAAUUUUUAUAAGAUGAUUCAGUUUGUUCCGAUAGCGUUUGUAUUUUAACUCAGUAGUUGAGUCCCUAGAAUUAAUGAACUGCUUAUAGAGUUUAUCUUUUUUCCUGAUAGAAACAAGCAGAGAUUGCGUUAUCCAAGGGGAGCGCAUUACUUUCUUUGUUUUAAGUUUUAUCGUUUUUAAUGGAAAGCUUUCAUUGUAUAAUCGAACAUACUCACUCACAAAACUAUUAUAACAUUCAUUAGUAUCGCUUUCAUCGAAACGUAAAUUCCAAUUAACACGAGAAAGAGAGAGCCGAAAAUUGCUCUUAUUUCUUUCUGAAAAAUCUCUUUUAGUGAGAUAUUUAGUUUGGCUAUUUUUCGACGCUAUUUCUGUCUCAUCCACUUCAUAAACAAAAACCGGUAGAUGGUCAGAAAUAUCAUUAAUAACAAUACCAUUGAAAUGUUUACACCUUACAUUAUUCGUGAAUAUAUUAUCAAUAAGUGUGGCCGAAUGAGCAGUGAUCCGAGUCGGUCUAUUGAUUAGAGGAAUGAACAUAUGGGAAAAUAGACUAUCAACAAAUUCUUGAGUAGGGGCAUGAUCGGAAUAGUGAAACAGAUCUAUAUUGUAGUCUCCACCCAAAUAACAAUAUUUGUCAUUUCUAGUUAUUUUAGCAAGAAUCUCAUUAAAUUUGUCCAAAAAGUCCCGAGUGUUAUAAUUAGGCGGACGAUAAACAGUACCAACUAUAAUAUUUUUCCCAUUGGGAAUGUUAAUUUCAACAAAAAGAGUUUCGAUCACUUCAGGUUCAGAAUAAUUACAAUCGCGGCAUAAUUUGUAUUCUAAAUCGUCAAGUAAAUAAAUAAUAAUAGAUGACAGAGCGCAAAAACCGCAAGACAUGCGCACUAGAGCUCUCGACUCUGUUUCUUGUAUUCCCGCCUUUCGAUUUUCAAAAUGGCGGAGGACUAAUCAGAAUCGCUGCCAAGCCGCUGUCCUCGCUCUGAGAAUUUUUCAACAUCGUUAAACGGAAUCUGUCAGCAUUCAGCCGUGUCUUGGCGACGCUAGCGAAAAGAUCGGACUUAAACAGGUUCUCUAAAGCAGCGAUGUUUGUGACCAGCUUCGGAGCCUAUUUUGAAGCUUGUUGUUUCGAAGAAGGGCAGGUUUUUUGCGUUUCUUAAGGUGGUCGCUUACUCUUUAAGGUCAGGAAAGAGAAAUGUUGGAGGUAAAUAGUUUCUGUGAAACAUAUCAAAUAUGACUUUUUUUUCGUUUCUAUGAAAAUUUUUUAGAGCUCUUUAAAAGUGGACUAUUGUUUCAUGACUUAAGAAUUACAAGGAAGGCUUGUUCAAGGCGAAAUUGGAAGAACUACAAGAAUAUUUACGUCGUUUACCGCGUUGCUUCGCAAUUUUUGUUUCUACUGACAGUGAAAGGAAUUCGAUUUGCAACUGGUUUUCACGAAAAUUAAAAUCUAGAACUUUGCUAUCUUACCUAUAAAAGUGGUUAUUUGCAGAUUUUUUUUUUUUAAGUAGUAAAGUUCGGGUGAUGUACGUUGUGUUUUUCAGGCGCUAAAUAUAAAUACCCCUUGGUGACACUGAAUCGUUGUGAUUGCUCACGUUGUUUCCUCAGCGAAAUCACGGCUAUACAGUGCAUUCUUCUAGUUUCAAACAGCAGUAAAGGCAUUUUUCUCAUGACAUGUUCUAUGUUUAAAAGGGGCCACGAGAACGAAGGAGCCGGUCAAGAUUUAGGGAUUAUGGGGGGUGGGGGGGCUUGCGAAAAUUUUUUAAGGUUCUAGAAAAUGCCAUGUAAAUCUGUAUUUCUGUUACAAAUAAAAUAAAUCGAAAAAUUUAAAUUAUUAUGACAACUUAAAAUUGAUGGGGGGGAGGGAGGUAAAAUUAUAUUACUAUGCGAUGAAAGAAAGCAAGUGGGGGUCGUUCCAAAACAAUUCUUAAAAAGAAGUUGAAAGAAAUCAAAGACCAAAAUAAAAGAGUCCACAAGAAACUUGAGGGUGGGUGCUUGUGGUUUAAUGGAAAACUAAGUCACAGAGGUGGAACAGGAAGUCAUUAAUACAUAUAAUAACCUUUUUCAUUUCACUGGCCACAAUAAUGAUCUGCUGUUUCUCAAACAAUGGAAAAGUGCAGUGAUCAGCCAUCUCAAAAUAUGUUGCAUGCUCAGUCAUUAUUUUUAACCCAUUUACUCCUGGAAAUGUUGCAGAAAAUUAUUUUUUGAAGCUAAUCAAGCUGUUUUCUGGUCACUGCCUGGCUACAAAAAGCCAAAACGCUGUUUGUGAGAUGGGAACUUCACCGAGCCUUCUGUUCCAGAUGCAAUGUAUCAGCUUCCAACAGUUGAUCAUGCUCAGAAAGCAAAAUUUUCAAGCUAGUUUUUAGGUUUAAAAGUGACACAGCAGUCUUGAUGUUUAUUUUUCGCUUCCUCUCCUCCCAUUGAUAGGAAAUGUUUUGGGGAAGCUUGUAGGAUCAUAGGAUUAGAUAGAAGGAUGUGUAAGUGAGUAGUGGAACAAGAUUUCAAGGGGAAUGGGUUUAUAGUUAAGCAUUAAAUGUUGUGAUGGGUUGGUUACAGUAAGUGACAUCGCAAACUUGUUGUGUUCCUAUUACUUGGGGAAUGCAACCAGUGAUAAAUUCAUUAAAAAGUGUGAAAAAUACACAAUUGUGGCUACUGUUUUCAGAGCCCAAAAUAAUAACUGCACUGGUAGAUAUUUUCACUUCUGAAAGUUUCAUUGUAUUGACCCCAUGACAAAAAAAUAACGAAACCAAUGAAUUUCUCAUGGAGUUGCACUGUUCACCAUCUUUCAGAGUAGCCUACAGUAGGACCUGCACCGGACCAUUAGUUGACAAUAAUAACUUCAGAGAGAUUAUGUUCCAUGUAGUUACCUGCCCGAGGUUAUCACUAUUAUCCCAACUAAACUCAGCAAACAUGCUUUACAAGAAAGUGGAAAGUAAAUUGUGUAUAAGAGUAAUGAGUUUGACUACCCCAUGUGCACUAAUGUAGGCAUUUACUGCAUGCUUGACCAAAAUAUUCUUUGGCCUGCACUGAAAGCCAAUAUCAUGUUAAUAAACGUGAAGCUUGUAUUUGUUGUAGUUAAUUUUUUUAACUCAGGUAAUGUAUGCUAAUAAAGUUGAAACAAAAGAGAAAAUAAAAAUUACCUGAGAUAAAAAAUAAACUGCAACAUAUAUGUCAAAUAUAGCUUCAGGCGGAAGGUAUUGAAACUCUUUCCAGAAAAGAAAUUUUUGUUCAAAAUCUUAGAUUUUUCUUUGUAACACCAUUAAUAUUUAACUCAUUGACUGGCAAACAGUUUUGUUUAUUGAAAUCCUCUAUUAAGCCCCCAGGGGGGCUUAUUUGUUUCAAACACACUUGAGGGGGGGGGAGCUUAUUUAAUUUAGCAAAGACAAUGGUAUCAGUUCUCCACAAAGAACUAGAAUACAUAGUGGAAAAGCCGAGGAUCAUAAACAAAUGUGAACUUCCAGUCGGUGAAUGAACCAUCCUCGAUCGGUCCACACGAAGUUUCACAGUUGUGUUUCACAGUCUACCAUUCAUUAAUUAGCAAAGAAUAUAAAGGGGAAGGGGAACUUAUUUGAGGGGGGGGAGGAGGUUAAAAGAGGAUUUACGGUAUUUACAUCUGAUGUUCAUUUCAUGAAUGUGUUUUCAUUAUGUCAUAUCUGUUUGAGACAAGGGAGCACAUUUAGUUAGUGUAGCAUACUUUGAGAAACGAACUUGAAAGCAAUGCUUAUAAUUAUGUGCUAAGUAAGUAAUAUACACAUUCCCGGGUGAUGUUUGAUUGGCAGAAAGACUGUCCAGUGCAAAUACAAACUCCUGAUAGCAGGUUAUCAUCAUGACAAGCAAUCAUCUCAGUUCAAAAGGAGACAAUAUUCAGCACUCUUGUACAUCUCAAUAAUACAAGUCAUUGGUCUAUCAUUGCACAAAAGGAGAAAAGCAUUAAUUUUAUCCCAAUGAAAUAGAACAACUCUCCAGUGAGCACGAUCCUGGCGUGAAUGAAGAUAUAUUGUUAAAUUCCAUUUAGAACAGUGAAAAACAAUUUUCAUCAAUCAAGAAAUCUAAUUUGAAGAGAAUUGGGGUAGUUGCCCUUCUAUACAACCUCAGCUCUUUCAAGAAAUCAGGUUAAUGGUUUCUGUUUCCUACAACAAAAGAAGUGAGAAAAUGAUUAUGGUAGAUGUACAGCUUGUUUUAUAAGAAAUUAUUUUUCAAACAAACACUUAGAAGAAAAAAAAGAGAAAAAUCUACAAUAACAGAACAAAAAUAAAAAUUAGUACCCACAAAUAACAAACAGCAAAAGAAAUGAGCUUCAUACAUGUAGACAAUCAUCCAUAUGCUAAAACAUUAUUUGUAGCAUGCUGUAAAAUGUCCAACAAACACCUGAUAGCAGGUUAUCAUAAUGACAAACAAACAACCUCAAGAGUUUGGAUUCUCACCUGUUUGCCUGUGUACGAUGAGGACAAUGAUGAUGACCCCGAUAUGAAACUUUUGGAUCUCUACGACUUGAAUAUGAAUCAGAAUUAAAAGGAGGCAAAGUGGGACGCUUUAAUUUGAAAUCACAGCUAUGAAAGCUGUUCGACCACACGAAGUUCAGGAAACAAGACGAUUCUGGCCAGCCAAACGCAUUUUCAAAAUAUGGACAAUCAAAGCUGAAAGCCUUUGAGUACAAUCAAUAGCAAGUUCCCUGUAGCUGUUCCCGUGGGCAAAGGAGUAAUCCGAUGUCAGUUUGCUGAAAGCUGAAAUAUGCUCGAACGAUGUGUAAUAUAAACACUCGAUGUUUACAUGAUACGGUGGACAUCCCAAACGGCGCUUUCAGUAACUUCACGCACAGAGUUUUGAAGGCAAUUAAACAGUAGGUUGCAUAAGUUUCAUUCAAGGUUUCUUGCUAAAUUUGAUUGUUUCUUUUUCUACGAACAGCAGUCUUGUAGGUCCUUGUAGUUUCGCAUCUCUCUUUCACACUCUGCCGCCAUGCUGAUCUUCUUAUCGAUCUUCAUUUAAUCGAUCUGCAAUUUUCUCGGGUUUGCGCAGGCGCAGUUACGCAAAACAGGCCAAAUUACGUCAUUAUCCACUAGCCAAUCAGCGGUUUUUGCGCUCUGUCAUAAUAGAUAUCUUAUCAUGGUAAAUUGACAGCUGUCAAAACAGGGUGUCCGCUGACCAGCAUCACAUGAGGUACCAACCCAGGUGCCAAUCCAUCGAGGUCACGUGUUUUCUGGGGUUUUUCCGCUGAGCAGUUAUGAAGCUUUAAAUUGAUCGCAGGCUCAAGUUUAUGUUUUUAGCGGGUCCUCAAAAGUCACAUGGUCCUCCACUAAAGUUAAGUACAGAUUUGUGGAUUUCUUUGCAACGGUUCCAAGUUCGUUCUCCAAAGUAAAUUAUAAAUGCAUAAACGGAAGUCUAUAUAAUAUAUAGAUUUAGCCAGGGCUAAAAGCGAGGCUCCCAUUAGUAAAUUUAUAAUUUAAAUUAAACAAUAAACUUGUAUUCGAAUUCCACAAUUCAGUUAACUUUAGAGCACAUUUAUGUGACUUUUGAGGGAAAGGCUACCUGAUUUUAGAGAAAAAUAAUUUGCAAACAGCCCAAGAGUGAACCAAAUCUUACAUCGAGUUGAUAGCCUCAUAUGUACACUCAAAAACUGGUAAUCAUCUUUUAUCACAUUUAAGAGCCGUAAUGGCUAUUGAUCACCGUAGAUCAAUUAGGCUUAGAAAAAAAACCAGGCCAACGUUUUGGCGUUCGACAAGUUUACUUUGCAAAAUCUUGCCAACAAAUCUGGGUGCGUGUAAACCAACCUUUUUUGCCAUGGACAGAAAGCAGUAUUUCACAAUACAAAUUGCUCUCAUUCAAUAUUCAUAAACUGUUAAAAAAAUUUUCCAAAAUCACCUAUACGGCCAUCCGGUUCUCACUUUUGUAGUGCGAGCUGUAGCGAGUGUUUGAAUGAACAUUAACAGAGUUACGCUCCAAGAUAAUAAAGAAUUUAUCAUGUUUAUUUUUUAUUUGAUGGUUUAACGCGCGGCAUUUUGAGAACUCCUGCAAGCGAUGUUCACUGAACGACUGAAAACAAUCGGCAUAGCGAUUAAAAUUGCAAGAGAGACUACUAACAAUCAAUAAAAGAAAUAUAAUUCGGUGAAACAUAAACAGAGACAACAAUUUUCAUUCAGGAAGACAAGUAUUAAAGUGUCCCUAAAUAUCCUGAAUCUUCAAGCUUCAAGCUUAAGUUUGCUGAAGUUUAUGUUUUAAGCCAGCUUCCCGGUGUUUGUUUUUUCAAAGACGAACUCGAGGCAAGAAAAUCGCUCAAAGCUUUCUUUUCCGGCUAGAAUUAUAACUAAAGAUUCUUUGGAACAUUUUCUUUCUAUUUGCGGUGAGAAACUGUCUAAAGGCUUUUUAAAGUUCUGUAAGAUUAUAUCAAACCAGAUACUCGGUGAGAUCGUUGUCUCAAAUCUUACAAACGCGCAUAAACUAAAUUCCCGCAUAAACUACGCUCCACUUCAUUAAAUUAGAUACAAAAAACAAACAUGAAAUACAAUAAUUUCUCUGGCUUACCAUUCGAGAUGCAGCUCCUGAAAGUUAUCAGGUAAAGCCAGUAUCGCUUCAGACUUUGCAAUCCUCUCACGCAUCAAGCAAGGUGAAAACGAAAACGAUGCCAUCCGAAAUCGGAUUUCCGACUUUGACAAGCGACGUUUUCUCAACCAAAAACCCAAUAAACAAACUAGCCAUGAGUAACAGAAGACUCCUGAUAGCAGCUGAAUUUCAUUUUGUACAUCCAGUGGAAAAAGACAGUUAAAAACAUCACAAGUUGACACAAAACUCUGUCAGCUUCAGCUGUUAAAGUAAACAAGAUUCAAAAUGCUGCAUAAAUUUUGCGCAUGAACUCACCUGUCAAAUUUUGACCAAUCAGAGCAUAAAAAUUGGACGUAGAGCGUGACCAACGCGUGACCAUUCUGAGAAAAAACAAAAGCAACUGUCUUCCCUGCCUGUAACAGCUGGCUGAAUUUUCACGUCCGAGGUCAGUUUGCAAUCAAAAUUUUAAUUGUGCAGCACAUAAACACAACAUAUUUCAUAUGAAUUAAGAAAAAAAAUUGAACUUGAGCCUGCGAUCACUUGAAAACUAGUUUACUUAUCAGCGGAUAACUUCAAAAAAUACUUGACCUCGACGGGUCGACACCUGAGCCCGCGAUACGGUCAAGUGAUACUGGUCAGCGGGUACUCUGUUUUGACAGCUGUCAAUUGAUCAAAACAUUGAUGUCCAAUAUGUGUGCAUUAUCAGUUUUCCUGUGCUCCCAAACUAGUAAAAGUAUGAGAUUGAACGUUGUUCGCGAUCUAGUAAAACAGUUAACUGGUCAGCGGACAGCUUCCAAAUAAAUCACGUCACCUCGAUGAGUUGACACAUGAGCCCGCGAUAUGGUCAUGGGAUACUGGUCAGUGGCUAUCCUGUUUGGACAGCUGUCAAUUGACCAUAUUGUUAAUGUCCUAUAUUAAAGAUGUGGACUUGCCAAGACACGCCUGAGACACCCCUCCCUUCCUUUUGAUAGUCUCCCCUACCCCACCCAUACAAUCUGUAGACGCGUACGUACGUAUGUACGUACGUACGUACGUACGUACGCUCGGUCAAUCACGUGACAACCAAACGAAAAGAGGUUGACCAUAUUCCAUGGGUAUGGGGCUCUGUCCCACGCGCGCUUCGCGCGCGCGGGAGCCCCGCUAUAAUAAACGGAAAUCUAUAUGCUGAACCAAACCAAAGGUGUUAUAGAGGUUCCUGCAGAUCACUACGAGGAAUUUUAUGAAAACUAUAUUCUCAAGAUUUCGUAGAAAAUCCUAAAAUUACAGGGAAAUGGUGAAAAUUUUGAUUUUUUAGGAACUUAUGGGAUUUGUUUUGCAAUGGUAUCCCCUGAAUUAGUACCAGUUAAAAUAAAUUUAAUUGUAAAGUUACAGUGAAUAAAAUAGCCUUAAGCACAGCCAUAGGUUGUUUUUGAAUGCGGAGAGAAAUGUAAAACCGCCCUCUUGCGGGCUAACCCCGAGAAGGUUUCUUGCUCUCAGUAACUUUUGCCCUUCUGUGGUACAUUUGUGUUUUACCUUGUUUUUAAGAUAAAAUUCAAUUGUUUUGCAAUGAUCCAUAUGCUCUUAUCUGAAUUACAGAAAGGAAUAGUGAUCAUUGACAGUCCUGGUGUUGGAGAGUCUGACGAAAUGGACGAGAUGGUGAUUAAGUAUCUGCCUGAAGCUUUUGCUUUUAUAUAUGUCGCUAACAGUUCAAUUGCAGGGGGAGUCAAAAAAGACAGAGUAAGUACCUGGAUUAUUGUGAGUCCGUUCCGGCAAUUUACACGGAUCGAAGCUAGGCCUGUCCCGCUUGCGCUCGUAAAGUGCUAGAACGUUGCUUCCUGGAAUGCUAAAACGUUGCUAAGAAAUUGCCAAAAAUCUAAACACUUAUGCUACCCAAUUUUCUAAAGUUUCUACCUAAAUUUCUUGAUAUUUUUUUAAACAAAAGUGAAUUAGAAAGCUCUUUUUUUGUUUUUCGUAAUAAUUACUCACAUCAGUCAAGAAAUAAAGUCUAAAACUUACCUUUAAAGAGUUUUUCACUUAAUAUGGGCGAAAUUUAAGGAUACCAUGCUAAGCGAAUUUUAAUACGUUGUAUGAAAAUAAAUCUUUUUCUCUAUUUUUGAACGAAAUGUUUAUUAAAGUUCAUUCUUUAUUAAAGCUUACCUUGUACAGACUGUCUUACAGGCCUCUUAGGAUGCCGAGAGCCCGUAAGCGACACUACCACACUAUUAAUUAUUCAUACGGCAAAAAUUUUAGAAGACGUUGUACGAGAAAUAUUCUUUGUUCUAUUGUUCCAUAAAUGAGCUAAAAUAAAAUGUGCAUUAAAUUCCACUUAAUUUCAAGCUUACCUUUUCUGUGUUGUCUUGUGUUUAUUUCUGCUGACUGCAUUUCAGGCCCGGUUAGGCACGUGUAACUAUGCCUUUUCAGCCCUGCGAAAUGUCAAGUUGGAAAGGUUAUGCGUUCAAAAGGUUGAUAAACAUUCAAGAAAUUCGCGUAGAAACUGAAGUCUUCUAUGAAAUCGUUGAGUUUUUCAUGCUUGAUAUGUGCUAUAAACCUAUAUUUUGCUCAAAUAUUGCUCAGAAAGGCAAAAACUUACUCGAGGUUGCUUGAACCGCAACAAUUGCUUCAAACGUCAAAAGUUGCCGAGCAAAAUCGGGGCAGGCCUAAUCGAAGCUAAGAGUAUUAACUAUUCGAUAUUAGCGGAAACGGGGCAAUUAUUCUAGAGAGCAAAAAAAAAUAAGGGGGCCAUUACAAAGGGAAUUUGCUUAAAAACGCACUUGGAGUAUGAAUCCUGAAAAACUGUUCUUAUAUUUAACCUAAUGAAUCAAUUCAGAAGGUGGCUCUUUGGUUCCAUAGGGUUAGGCUUAGUGAUAGCUCUAGAAGCAAAUCGUGUUUGGAUUCUAGAAUCCAGCAUUAGAUUUUCCGGACGAAGCGAAUCCUGAGAAUCUUAUAUUGUAUUCUCCAAAACAAUAAAAACAUCUUAAGUUUUGUUAAACUCAGUCAGUACCGUAUUUUCUCUAGAAAUAGCCAAUUAAUUCACUUAGAGCUGGUAAUAGCUAAAUCAGUGAACAGCAAACGGCUAAGUUGAAGCGUUGCUUUCAAGUUAUAGUAAGCAAAAGAAAAUGUAUAUGAUACAGGUCUGGAUUUAUCGAUGGUCCGAUUGCUGCUGCAUGUAUACAGUUGAACAAAGCCAACAACAACAAAACAACAACAAUAUUGUGAGGAAUCAUGAAAUAUUAUGACAAACCAAAAAUUAAAUUCAAGAUUAAGCGCGUAUAGGGAUUAAGGGUAUCAAGGUUACUUAAAGGUGAAAGUUAACUUACUUUAACCUUUGGUUCAAAUGUCCCGGGGGAAAUUCUCAUAUAUGAGCGGGGAUGGUCGUCGUCUCGUUUAGGGGUGCAAAUUAAUUGCAGAUUUCAGUAUCACUUAGGGUGUUCAUCAUGGAAUGCCAAUAUUUUUACGAGGGCUGUACUCAGCUCCCAUUUGGUUGUAUGUUUGAAAAAGGUAUUCUUAGGGGCCAUGUCAAGCCUGAGCCACGCCUAGAUCGACCUCCAUCUUCGGUGUAACUCCAAUUUUCCUUUGAACCUUUCCGCCCAUUUCAACGAUGCUAAUACGGUACAAACUUUCGCGUCCCAAACUGACUCUUACCCUCUUGUUGUGGUCUUUUGCUACGUAAUAAUGAAACUUCAAGUUAUCGUGUCAACGUUAAUUUUUACUCGCAGCUUGUAAAACUGCUCCAAAGCGCGAGGGAUGUGUCAAUCGGGGUGCCAGGAGAAGGAAAGGAGGAUGGUGGUUCAUCGCUUGAUAUACAGGAACGUCUGUUAUCCAAGUGUGCUUUGUUUGUGUGCAACAAAUGGGACUCCGUCCCGGAGAAAGAUGUGCGACCCGUUAAGAAUGAAGUUAUAGAGAAACUCCAAAGGGUCUGGCCUGGUGUUGAUCCCGAUUCACAGAUCAUUUACAUGUCAACCAAGAAAGCUGGUGAUGCUCAAAGAAUUGGUGUUAUCUCCAAAGAAUUUUCCUCUUUAAUGGAAGGAUUGAGGUCAUUGGUCUUGCAGAGUAUAGAAGCAAAGCUGGAACUUCAUUGGGAGUAAGCUUUAUUAUGCAUGUUUUGUCCACCCUCACUGUGAAACAUUUAAUGUCACAAAAUAUUUCAGGGCAAGGAAGAAUAGUGUACCAUUUUUGUACAGAGGAGUUUCCGUUUAGUGCUCGAACACAAAUAAAAUAUUGGUUUUCAAAUCAGAGUAGAGUGUGAAGCGACGACCGGAAAUACGUCUGCUGUUCGCAGGCAUUAUAACACGUGUGUACCAGGUGUAAAUUUUCGAAUAUUUUACAGGAUUGAUAACACCCGCGGAUUCGCACAUGCAAUUUUUUUGUUGUUGUUGUGAGGGGAAGGGAAGGGGGGGGGUGGGGAAUGGGAGAAGAGAGUAGAAGUUAUGGUUUGGUAGAGGUUUGACGUUGACUAUUUCUGAAUUUCGAAAGGUAUUUCAUGCCACACUUGACACGGCUAGUGCUUAAGCCGUCAACACUUGAAAUAGCUGUUCUCUCACAAUACCAUCUGCACUCGCUUUGUUUCUUCGACUUCUUCGCGCUUCCCUUUCGGUGUCGAAGAAAUGUGCAUUGCUCUUUGUAUAGUGUGCAAACUACAGACCUCUUAUACGGUAAUUAGGGUGAAGAGAGUUGAAUUAGAGAUAACAGUCAAUAUGAGUUCACUUCCUGCAGGCUAAGGUACCAGCUGAAACAACUGAAAAGUAACACCUUCAAAAACUAGCCCGCGUCAAACCGCACCAUCCCCUGACGACAACUUUUAUGACUGAUAUGUUUAAACAGAUCAAAAACUAUUAUAAAAAGAAUAGUGCGGUAGCAAGAGUAGUUAUCUUCUUUUUUUCAUGACUUUUUAAGUCUAUAUCUAUCGUGUUGAACCGAAGGAUUUUUACAGACACUGAAUAUGUGUUUUAGCAAGUGACAUAAAUUCAAAUUUGUUGAAAUUUUGAGAAAGAACGUAAAAGAUAAAGGUUUUGCGAAAAUGAUUUCUGGCCUAAAUUUUUCUGAAUCAAGACUGCAAUACUUUUUUGUUUUAGAUGGCUUUACAAACUUCUUUCGAGGAUUUUCAUUCAAGCAAAAGUGUUUGUUGUAAACGCCUCAAAGAGCCCCGAGGAAAUCAAGGAAAGACUGGGCAAAAUUUUUAACCGCUUAGAGGCAAUUGAAAAUGAUCAAGGGAAAGCCAGAAAAGACCUCCGUGAAUUGUUCAGCGAACAAGUUAACAGCGUUGUGCAUCAACUCUCGCAACAUCUCUUGUCAGACGACAUAAAGAAACGCUUUACAAAGUGGUCCAAAGAAGAGGCUCCAGAUGAGGAUGGGUCCUGGAAGGAAGUUGAAGAGAAUGUAAACGCCGCUUUGUCCAGACGUUUUCUAGAAAUUGUAGAUCAGUGGGAAGAGGAAAACAAAGUGUUUUUAGCUACUCGUACUUUCCUCAUGGAGCAAUUUCAAAAUUGCUUUAAUAUUGUCGAAUUCAAAUUACAGAAUGUUCAAAGCGAAGCCGCAGAUGACGGCUCCAGCAAUCCAAACAAGGUAGCCUUUAGAAUUCAACUUUCAUUCUGGCAGAAAGCUUUUUGGAACAUGAAGAAUAUUAGUUUUGGCCUCGGGAGAGUGCUUAUUAAAAUACGCAAUCUCAGCCUAGGAGCAGCGAUCAAAAGCGUUAACGAUUUGGCUUCAAAUGUUGUAAAAAUCUUGUACAAAGAUUUAUUAAAAGACGUGUCUGAAGACAUUCUCACUGAUAGUAUAAAAAAGAAUCUUAAACCGUUCGUGGAAGGCAAAUUAAGGGAUGUUAAGCUCUAUCUUGAUAGAAUGGAAGCUCGCCUGCAAGAGCUUAUUGAGGCGGACAGGCGACUUUAUGAGCAACUCAGUAAACGAUCGGCUCGCUAUCAGCCUGUGUUCUAUGAGGUAAAACAGCACAGGGAUCAACUGGCAGAAUUUGGCUUAAGCGAAGUUUGUGCUGUAAAAGUCGAUGGCAAGGAACUGGAGUGGAAAGAAGAAGCAUCUUCCUGCCUUGGCCGUGGAGCAUUUGGUGCCGUUUACCAAGGAACGAUGAGAAGAGAUGGAGGGGUAACAACAGUAGCAUUGAAGGUGUGGAAUGAGGCGCUUGAUGCCGCAAAUGCAAAGGAAAUCAUGGAGGAGAUAAAAAAUUUGCGGUAAUGAUUAUACACUCACUAGUCCGGAACAUACCUCCACUUUUAAACUUUUUUCUUUAAGUACAGCCACUUGCCUGUCAUACGCAUGUUCCUUGGCAGUAUCAUUGAUAAAUAUGUUCAGUUUCCUUGCAGAUUUUCCUCGACAAACAGUUGAAAUCUAUUUUCCGACGCGUGUUAUUUUUGUGUAUUUUUGCUAUCACUUUGAGUCCGUGAAAGUUUAGUAAUUCGGCUCUUUUUUCGAUUCUUCUACAGCGGCUGUCGGUGAUCUCUCGCAACAGUUAGGCUGCCGCGCCACUAUCCUACGUGACGUCAGUCGUGGAUAAUUUUUGUUGAUAUUCCCGCCAUCAGUUAUGAGUGACGUCAAUGAUAAACUACAGUGGAAAAUCGAUAUACCGAAGGGCUAAAUAAGUGGCAACAUGUGGUAUUAAUAAUAAUAAUAAUAAUAAUAAUAAUAAUAAUAAAUUAAUUUAUUUAUAAUUAUCAAUCUUCGUCUUUUCCGUUAAUUAGAGUGCUAAACCACCCUCACAUUGUGAAGUUUUAUGGCAUAUUACUGGACAAAGGAACUUCAAAAACGGCUUUGGUCAUGGAAAAGUGCAAAGGAAACUUAAAGACCCACAUCUUUAGUGGUCCAGAGUCAGUUCCUGGCAAAUCUGAAAACCCCGCUGUCUUCAAAGACGUAUGCCGUUGUGCAAAAGAAAUCACCGAUGGUUUGGCUUUUAUGCAUGCGAAGGGAGUUGCACACCGGGACCUCAAGCUGGAAAACAUAUUGGUACUAAUCGUAUAACAAUAAAUGCAUAGAUAAGUUUCUAGCCUGUGUAUAGCCGCCCCCUCCCCUCAGGAAAAAAAUUGGAGAAGGGGCGUCUGUGAUUCAAUGUUGUUCAGAAACAUCGUGUAUGGCAAUAAUUUUGCAUAAAAGACCUUACAAACCCUUAAUGAAGGAAAAGAUCCAUGAUCUUAUGCAAGCCUUACCACUAGAUACGGAAAGUCAUUAGUUUGAAAUAAAGUGUCCACAGGUCAGACGCAACUCAUUAACCUGUGAGAGAGCCUGUUCACAGGCUACAAAUCAUAAGCUCGUGAUAGUGUGAAACGUGACCUUAACGUUUGGUUGAGCAACAGAGGUUUUCCUCCUUUACUCUCUCACGGGCACCCAGCGACGUUUUUCUGUAAAAUAAUUAUUCGAAGGAGAAAAUAUUGCCUAGAAAUUUCUAAAGCUUGAGAAAAGCUAAAGAUUUCUGGAUAACCGCUCCAUACGUCUAAAAUAUUCGGAGGUUUUGUAAUAGCUUGACUACGAUUUUCGGAGGUUGUGUUAUUCACGUUUUAAUACCAAAGUAUUGCGAUUAAUGUUAAAAAAGGUCUCCUAAAACUUUCGGUAUAAAGACAACACGUCCCCUAUAAUACGGGUUGCACAGGUGAAAAUUCGUCCUUUAAAAAUUUGUCCGGACGCGUGUAAACCAGACUCGUACCCAGUCGCUAUUUAAGUGUUUUUUGGGGUGAGAGAAGAUUGGGGAUUAGGUUGAGACGCGCACGGGGUAAUCCCCCCAAUCUUCUCUCACCCCAAAAAACACUUAAAUAGCGACUGGGUACGAGUCUGCAUGUAAACGGCGUCUCAGAGAAAUAAAGAAACAAGUAUAGUUAGUGCGUUCUUCUAAAAGUUUAUAUUCCUUGUCCCAUUAAAGCUGACUGACGAAAAGACAGUGAAGAUUGCAGACGUAGGCCUGGCUAAAGCAGAAAUAGACAUCACCGGCACCUUAGCGGGAACACCUGUUUAUAUGGCACCGGAAGUGUUUCAUUCCCAAGUGUACAACACCAAGGCAGACAUCUACAGCCUGGGGCUGUUAAUGUGGGAGAUGUGGUACGGACAGAGGGUCUUUGUUAACGUUGCAGCAACAACACUUCAAGAUUACUUUGAUUGGGUCGAUAAAGGAAACCGUCCAGUGGACAGACAGGGCUGCAAGAAGCCUCCAUCCUUCUGGUGCAAGCUGAUGACAGAGUGUUGGGGCAGUAAUCCAGCGAAACGCCCCACAGCCAGAGAAUGUAACCAAAGAAUAGUCGGGGUCUGAUACUAAUGCCUGAGCCGUUGUAGGAUAAAGUGAUAAGCUAGCUUUUGUCAGAGCUUUGUGACAAAAUUCAAGAAGCGACAAAAGAAGGAUUCAGAAAUUCGUAAGAGGCCAGGUUUCUCUUCUGUCAAUCUCAGAAGAGGCAGGCACUCAUAGACCCAUAGAAAUUCGAUAAAUUUUAAUGCAUGUAACCGACGCUAUGAACAUGGUAACGCAUUAUAUUCAGAACUCGGAAAAAAGAUAGUUGUAGUUAGCAAUUUAUCUACUAUUACAAGCUACUCUUGUACAGUGUCAACAAGAGCUUUAUUCUCGCUUGUAAUCAAAUCUCGAAUUGUUUUAACAAUUACACUUUUUGUUAACAGUACUUUCAGGAAAGCAAUAGAUAGCAACAGAAUGAAGCUCCUGAUGAUAAUUUUUUUCAUUUACUUUUUGAAACAUGGCUCCAAGAAAUCAAUGAGUUGUCGAAGUAAUCAGUGGAAACUAUAAAUAUAGGUUGCUGUUAGUCUAGUU